AUUCUUAUAACAACAAUAACAAAAACAAAAUGGGAUCUAUAUUUUCUUGUCUAAGUGGCAUUGUAAGCUCUAUUGCCUCUAUGUUCUCUACACUUAUCAGUGGUAUUGCUGGUUUCCUUCAAUCUAUUGUCUCUGCUAUUACUCGCUGUAUUACUGGUAUCUUUAAUGCUAUUGCUGCCUGUUUGACUUGUGGUCGUGCUGGAAGAAGACGAGGCAGGGUCUAAUUCUGAUCCGCAUUCUUUUAUCUGUGUGAAAAAAAAAAGAAAUGCGGAUAUAUAUUGUAUUAUAAUGCCUUCACAACCUUAUUAUCAUGAAUACCUCUAUUGUUUAUACUAAUAAAUAUUAUUGUUCUUUAAUGGCAAUCUCCCCAUCCCC